UUACAGCACUGUUCGCUGCUGGUGGCUGAAAUUUGCAGCCUGUAGGUUGUGCCGGCUUUUUAAAUCCGCGAGCCAACAAGUAAAAUAUAGAAAACAAAGAAAAUAAUACGUUUGGCUUGGCUGAAACGUAGCCAUGCGAUUGGCACGCCUUUGGGUCAUGGGAUUCACGUGGCUGAUACUCGCAUUUUGGCUGCUGCUGUUCUUCUGCUGGGACAUCUUCGAGCAGUGGGACACCGUGAAAUCCUCGGAUCCCAUUGAGGUGCUGUGGUGGCCGCAGUUCAGCUUUCAAUACGAAGAGCUGCGACUAUGCGGUGCCUACGAGUGCUACUUUACCACCAACCGUUUGCGCUUGCCCCGAGUGCGGGCUGUUCUCUUCUAUGGCACGACGCUAACCACUGCGGACUAUCCCCUGCCACGCAGCCCCCACCAAGUGUGGGCUCUGCUGCACGAGGAAUCGCCCAAGAAUGUGCCCUACAUGGCCUUUGAUGAGUUCCUGCAGCACUUCAACUAUACAUCCACCUUUAGCCGGUACAGCGAUCUGCCGCUGACGACCCAGUGGCUGCCCAGUGCCCAUGAUCUCACCUCGAUGGACUACGUAAUGUCGUUUGAUUUCAAGUCGUCGAAUGUGAAUGGGCCCUCGCCAUCGGUGGUGUUCCUGCAGAGCGACUGCAACACCAUGUCCGGCCGCGAGGACUAUGUGCAGGAGCUGAUGCGCCACAUCAAUGUGGACUCGUUUGGCAGUUGCCUGCGCAACAAAGAUCUGCCCCAGAGACUGCAAAAUGAUUAUCUGAACAAUCUGUAUUCACCGGAAAUGCUGCGCUUUCUAGCCAACUACAAAUUCAUGAUUGCCAUUGAGAAUGCCGUCUGCGAGGAUUACAUUACCGAAAAGUUCUGGCGUCCCUUGGUAAUUGGCGUCAUACCCAUUUACUUUGGUUCGCCCAGCAUUAAAGACUGGCAGCCACAAAAUAAGUCUGCCAUAUUUGUCGAUGAUUUUCCCAAUGCCGCCGCCUUGGGCCAGUAUCUGAUGGCAUUGUCGGAGAACAAGACCGAAUACAAUUCGUAUCGGGGCCACAAACUGAAUCGCAGCCAUCCGAUACAAAACAAACGGUUGAUCCGCGAUUUGUUAACGCGUCCCACUGACAUGACGGACAUCUCGGCUGGACGUUCGGUCACCCGAGUGUUCGAGUGUGCCGUUUGCAAAUAUCUAAACACCUAUCGGCCCAACGGCAUCAAGCGGGCGAAUGUGCGCCACUACAACUGUCCACUGCGGCCGAUCCAUGUGCCGCUGGAGGGCAGGAAGCGGCCGAAAUACGCGGACGACUGGCGUUCGACCAAUGAAGUGGGCCAGUGCCAGGCCACCAUCCUGGACAGCUACCUACGCUCGAAUGUGGCCUACAGCGAGGCGGACUUUGAUGCGGAAUUCAACCGCAGGCUGAAUCACAAUCUUUGUGCGGCUGUGCCAACAUUGACACAAACAUGAGGAUAUUUCUCUUGUCGUGACUUUGAAAAUUGUUCAAAAAAUAUCUUUGGUUAAAUAUAGAAAAAUGUCUGAAGACUUUAAGCAUUAGCUUUAAGAUUAUCGAAUAUCGAAUAUCUAACGUGAUAAAACUAACAAUAAAUAAUUGAAGCAUCCAAGAUGCUGCAAGUAUCUAUGGAUCUCUGUAUCUGUACUCUA